AAUUGCUUUGAUUCUUGUGUAACAGCAAGAAGUCCUGGUGUAUUUACAAAAUCUAGUGUCUGGGUUCUUCAUGGCUAUUCCCCAUCUGAUGCUGAGCAAUGACCUUCUUUCUUCCCUUCUGGAUUUCAGAUGAGGAACCCAGCGAUUCAGAAUGAUUUCAGCUACUACAGAAGGACAAUAAGCCGCAAUCACAUCAACAACAUGCACCUAGACAUUGAGAAUGAAGUCAAUAAUGAGAUGGCCAACAGAAUGUCCCUCUUCUACGCAGAAGCUACACCGAUGCUGAAAACCCUGAGCAAUGCCACAAUGCACUUUGUCUCCGAAAACAAAACCCUGCCGAUAGAGAACACCACAGACUGCCUCAGCACGAUGACAAGUGUUUGUAAAGUCAUGCUGGAGACGCCGGAGUACAGGAGCAGGUUUACGAGCGAAGAAACACUGAUGUUCUGCAUGAGGGUGAUGGUUGGGGUCAUCAUCCUCUACGACCACGUCCACCCUGUGGGAGCUUUCUGCAAGACGUCCAAAAUCGAUAUGAAAGGCUGCAUAAAGGUUUUGAAGGAACAGGCCCCGGACAGUGUGGAGGGGCUGCUGAAUGCCCUCAGGUUCACUACAAAGCACUUGAAUGAUGAAUCGACUUCCAAACAGAUUCGAGCAAUGCUUCAGUAAGGCUCUGCUCAAUGAAGAGGAUCUAUGUACUGACCUCAGAAGAUGUAUAUGUUUACAUAAUUUAAUACAGAUUGAUGUUAAUACUUGUGUAUUUACAUAACCGUUUCCUUCUUGUCACUGAAAUAUAUGGACCUUAAUUUGUAUCUUGACUGACUCAACCCAGCAGUGCAUAAAUUGACUCGAGAGCCUUACCUUUGAUGUCUAAAACAACACUGCCUUCUGCAAAGGCAAAAUUUGGAGACUUUGACAUUCGCUACUGGAGUCCCUUAACUACACCUGUAGCAAUCAGAAAUCGCUAAUAGUUUGUGGUAUUGUUUUACUUCUAGGUGUGUAAUCUCUCUGGGAAGUAUAGUUAUAGAAACACAAAGUAGUAUUUGAUUUCCUGUGUCAGCUCAGCUAUAAGAAACAUAACUGUUACCCUGGCAGAGGGAGAGAGAGGAAUCCAAGAAAAGACAAAUGCAUGUGGAGACUCCAACCCAAGUGUUUUGAAUUCAACACACCCCGUCACUUCCCUCAGAUUGCGAGCCACACGUGCAGCCUUUCUGUUGGCACGUAUUUUAUUCAUCAGCAUAUUCCCUUUCUGUCUAGAUUUAUAUUCCUCUUAAGUUCCCUUUCAAUUUUACAAGAGGAAAAUCACCUAUGUUUGAGUUAGUUCGUGGGAGAGAAGCAACAAUAGAUAGGUGUGCUGCCAUAGGUGGGCUAAUGAAGGUGGUUGUCUUGGAAGUGGGGGACAAGUUGGGAGGAAGAGGGGCACCCAGGCAACAGGACCGUCAUCCCUCUGCUUCACCUCUGUGUUCACAGGGGCAAGGAAUGGGGCUCUGGCUUUGAAAUCGUGGGUAAGUUUGCUGAUAUUACAGUUGUUUGCAGAGUGCUGGGCACAUGGCCCCUCCUAAGAGGUCUAGGGCACUUCAUUGAUUACCAGAAAACUGGGGGCGGGGGCCGGUUUGGAGGGAGAAAAGCAUCUGUGUCUUCUGGUUACCUGGGAUUUAUUUAAAAGGCCGCUGCUUCCUGACCCCGUUGCUAGCUUGUUGCAACUUGUAAAGCCUGAUGGGAGCUCCUGCAUUCAGUGCUAGCCCUACUGACUCUCAGCGGGAUCUUGGGACAUUCACCUAAGCGCUCUGUGUCUUCCCUUUCUCACCCAUAAAAUGGGCAGUGGAAACAGAUAAUCUCCAAGAGCCCUAUAAGGCUAUGAGUCAUUAAAAUGACUGACUCCUAUGUUCUUCCUUAGUAAGGAGAGUCCAGUAAGCAUCACCCCACCUUAUCAUGAUGAUUAAUGACAUGACAAAGCCUAGAAGCAUUCUGUCUGCAGAUCAAAGCUCAAAAUGGAAUCUUGCAAAUCUAAUCUCCAGUGGAAAAAGACAGAGGAUGAAGUCAAACAGGACACCCCCCUUCCACUUCGCCCAACCUAAUGUUGGCCUAGAACCCAGGAUACCUCACUCCUGAUUCCAUGCUCUUUCUUUUUUACCAUAUGGCCUAUGCAUACAUAUUAUGGGAUGAGACUGGAUACUUUAAAAUAACUCCUCAGUCUGGACUACAUAAUUAUCUACCUAUUUCUGAUAGAUGGGAAGAGGUACCCAGUGAAAGAUAAUUCCAGAAGUUAGGUCUGGGUACAUCAGAGUUUGGCAUCAUUCACAAUGUCCCAAGACAUGAGCUGUCACACCAUUGCUUUCCAGGUGUUAGUGGCCAGAUAGAAUUCCCUUGAGUCCUCCAAGAAAAGGGGAGUCAUACAUUUGUUUUGUUUUGUUUUUAACAAAGAAAUCCAGUCCAGUGGCAGAACAGGUUCCACCGUCUGUAUCUUAAAUGCCAGUCAACAGCUAGAGGAAAGACCUUUUCCUUAAAGCUUUUCAAGCUGAACCAGUACAGCUGCUUGUGGGGGGGGGAGGGGGAGGGGGAGGAGGGGUUCUUGCAUCAGAACAGAAAUGCACUCAGUGGCUUCAAGACCUUUUCAAACCUAGGGAUUCUAAAAUCCCAGAGGAAGUCAGAAAACAGGAUUAACGCUGGGCGAACUCAUUCAUUAAAUAUUCAUCUUAAACGUUCUUCUAUUCAGCAGCCACAUGUCGUCCUUGGGCAACAACUGUCAAGACUAGAGAAAUACAGAGGCACUGAAUGUUUAUCAUCACUGGGUCCAUGUUCUUCCUGUAUCGGGUGAGGACACUAAGUCUUGCAUAGAGGAAUGGACUUGCAGAGAGAAUAGAUGAGCAUGUUUAUAACUUUUAAUUAGUCUUUCUAUCAAACGGGACCAAACACAAUGGAGGGGCUGCUGGCCUGCCCCAAUUUAGCCAGGGCAUCUUGUCUGAAAGCCACCUCACCUGGACGUGGAUUCUCAGAAGCCCGGGGUCUGGACUGUUGGCUCUGAUUAUCAGCCGGACAGGUACACUGAAUGUCUGUGAUCACUAACAGGUGAGGGACCUUGGGUCCACUCCAGAGCUGUUGUGGGAGACACAUUCUUUCAACAGACUGUCCUGUAGGCAUCAGGAGUCUUGAACAAUCAUGUUCUUUUGUGCUGCAUGCACAUGUGUCCAACACCCAUGGGUGGUUCAGAGGAAAGUGCUAGCGGCAGCGUCCAUGUUAAUAUAAUGUUCACUAUAUUUCAUAUUUGAUGUCUCAUAGUUUUCAAAUAAACAGUAUUUUCCAUGACUUGGAUAUUUAUUGUUGGGCAAGCAACAAGGUGGACAUUACAUUUCUCAGAUGCACUGCUAUUUUGGCAUUAUAGCUUUGUUCUUAGAAACCUUUCAUGUGCCACGAGGAAUUCGAAGUAAAAACAAAAAUGGCAACGAAUGUUUGAAUUGUGAUGACUCAUUCUGGCUGGGGUGUUCAUUAACAACCAAAAAGAGUCCUGAAUACUGUAUUUGAACUUUUAGUUAAUAUCAUGCUUCAUCAACCUUUGCCCCUAGUCAUCACCAUUAUAUCAAGAUAUUAAUGGUGAACUGAAAUUUUUGAUACAUCGUCACAUUUAAUUAAAAAUAAUUUUAUGCUUUCUCAAAAUAAAAAUGAAACCUAUUUAAUUUUUGGAUCCUUGUUCAGUAGAAUUCAGAGACUUCUCAUUCAAUCUUGUAUGCUAGACAGCUGUGCGUUUUUCUAGAUGUUAAUAAUAAAUAUUGGAAUUUUAUCUUCAAGAAACAAACACUUUGGAUCUCAAUUGUCCCACUACAUUUAUAAAGGCUGUUGCAUACACAAUGCUGUUUUAAAGUUGUCAUACGUUUUUUGCUAAAGUCAUUGUAAUUUUUUUUUUGCCUGCUUUGCCUCUUUUUGUACAAAAGUUUUGGGUGUGAAAUGAAAAUUAAAGUUUGGUACAUAUAUUUAAAAAUACACCUCUAUUUUAUAUGAUGUUCAAGGCUGAGUAGGUGAUAAGCACAUGAUCAUGGAUACAUGCUAAACAUAGGUGUUUGCUAAGCAACUGUUCUGGGGACCAGGAAAUCAUACUAUCUGCCUUUGACCUUCCUAUGCCUCAGUUUCUUUAUAUACAACAUGAAAUACUCAAAAUGUACUGCUUUUUGUAUUCAGCAAAGACUCUUCGUUAGAAAAAAUGCAUAAAAUAAACAGACAUGAUUGAUAUCUAGAAAUGCAUGAGGCCUACUUGUCCAAGGAGGCUGAGAAACCCUAAUAAAUGCCCUUUCAACCAUU